GGUAACAUUGAGCGCCCAAAAAACGUAAACAAUUCAUUAUAAAUUGCAAUUUCCCGCUUUUAUUGCACAAAAAUGUCCAUGCAAAAGGGCAAAGUCAUCGACCAGAAGGAGUACCUCAAGAAGUACCUGUCCGGCGACAAGGAGAAGAAGAAGAAAAAGAAGGAGAAGAAGCACAAAAGGAGUUCGGCCAACGCCAAAGUGAAAAUCAUCGAUGACGACGCCUACGAAAAUGAUAAUCUGGAAAUGGACGAGGAUCUGCUGCUGGGCGGCGAAGAUGCGCCCCAAAUUGUGGGCGAGUACAUCGAGGAGGAUCCCAAUGUGCGCAGCAAGUGGCGCAACAUUGCCGUCAAGGAUGAAAUCAAAGAAGAGCACGACGAAUCCUCGCGAGCACCUGGCAUUCGCAUUAAACAGGAGCCCUUGGAUGAGGAGCAGGAGAUGUGGGGACGCAAGGCGACAGUUGUCAAGGUUAAGGAUGAGUUCUCACCCUCCAGACGAAGGUCACCCGUAAGAAUUAAGCAAGAAAAACGCAGCAGCUCUAGGGAUUUAAGCCCAGCGAGAUCGAGAAAGCCAGCAAAGCGGGAAGAGAGUCCUCAAAGGGGGAGAAGAAGGGCGGCAAGCUCAGAUCAGAGUCCUCCUAGACGAGGGCGAGAUGGCGAUCAGUCUCCGUCUCGCAGAAAGCGGAGAGAUUCCGAUCAGAGUCCGCCCAGAAAGGCCAGGAAUGACAAACCAUCGCCAGCCGGAAAAAGGCGCGACUCCGACCAAAGUCCGCCAAGAAAACGAACGGGAAAAGCAUCACCCACCAGAAGGAGAAGGGAUUCCGAUCAAUCGCCACCCAGACGCCGGAGAAGUAACUCCGAUCAGAGUCCGCCCAGGCGACGUAGAGACCAGGAUUCAACUCCGCCCAGAAGAAGGAGAGAUUCUGAUCAAAGCCCACCUCGAAGACGUAAAGCAGACGAUCAAUCUCCGGUGCGAAGGGAAAGGAAAGACUCCGACCAAAGUCCGCCCAGGAAACGGAGAGGCAAUGACCAGUAUCCAGUGCGAAGGAGGCGGGAUUCAGAUCAAAGCCCACCCCGAAGACGCAGAGAUGACAAGCAAACGCCGCCAAGGAGGAGAAGAAACUCAGAUCAAAGCCCGCCAAGAAGACCCAAGGAUGAAGAUCAAUCGCCACCGCGAAGAAAACGAGACUUCGACCAAAGUCCAAACAGAAAACGAGACAAAUCCCCACGCAGACGUCGCGACUCCGACCAAAGCCCGCCCAGAAAUCAGAGUCCUCCGCCUCGUAAUCGCUUUAGGGAAGAGAGGAAGAGUCGCUGGGCCAAGGCAUCGCCCAGCAAAUCAGCAUCUCCACCUCCUACACACAAGCCGAAAUCCACCAAGACACUAGAUGGCAAGAAAGCUGGACUGCAGGAUGCGAAAUCGCUGAAGAAGGAAACCGACGAAAGGCGGCGCCAAGAACAUGAACUAUUCGAGAAAAUGUCCAGCGAGAUUUCCGGUCGCGAUGGCGAUGUGCAGGUGCGCAGUACUCGCAGAAAGGGAAACCGAGCACGGGAUGCCGCCAACGAGGAUCCCGCCGAGCAGGGCCGUAAGGAGGAGCACGAGAAAAGGAAGAAGGAACUGUAUGAUCGCUGGGGCAAGGGCCUGAAGCAAAUAGAAGAUCACAAGUCCCGCCUGGAGGAGAUGGUCCAUGAAGCCUCCAAACCGGUGGCUCGCUACGCCAACGACGAGGAUCUGGACAGGCAUCUGCGCGAGCAGGAGCACGCCGACGACCCGAUGCUGGAGUACAUGCGCCAGAAGCGCAAAAAACGCGACCAGCAGGACAACAAGCCGGUGAUGCCCAAGUACGAGGGCAGCUUUCCGGAGAACCGCUUUGGCAUCCGACCAGGAUAUCGCUGGGAUGGCGUCGAUCGAUCCAACGGCUACGAGCAGCGGUGGUUCGACAAGCAGAACGAACGGAGGGCGGUGCAGGACGAGGCCUACAAGUACAGCGUGGAGGAUAUGUGAAUGUUGCAAGCGUUGUUUGCUUUCUUGUUGCAAUAAAGAUAUAGCUACUGCCUGUAAAAAGGAAAAGAAAAAUUA